CCAGGGAGUGGCAGCAAUUGCAGUCUAAGAAGUAUGCCGAAAAACGCAAGUUUGGGUUCGUUGAAGCCCAAAAAGAGGAUAUGCCUCCGGAGCAUGUUCGAAAGAUCAUCCGUGAUCAUGGGGACAUGACAAAUAGGAAAUUCCGUCAUGACAAAAGGGUUUAUCUAGGUGCAUUAAAAUAUAUGCCCCACGCUGUGCUAAAGUUAUUGGAGAAUAUGCCGAUGCCGUGGGAGCAGAUAAAAGAUGUGAAGGUUCUAUAUCACAUUACGGGUGCUAUAACCUUUGUCAACGAAAUUCCUUGGGUUAUAGAACCAGUAUAUGUCGCCCAAUGGGGUUCUAUGUGGAUAAUCAUGAGAAGGGAGAAAAGGGAUAGGCGACACUUCAAGCGAAUGCGUUUUCCUCCUUUCGACGAUGAGGAACCUCCUUUAGACUAUGCAGAUAAUAUACUAGACGUGGAGCCUCUUGAAGCUGUUCAAUUGGAGCUAGAUCCAGAAGAAGAUGGGGAAAUAGCCGAGUGGUUCUAUGAUAGAAAUCCGCUUUCGGACACAAAAUUCGUUAAUGGCUCUACUUACCGCCGCUGGAAUCUUUCUCUUCCUAUUUUGUCUAACUUGUACCGUUUGGCAAAUACUCUUCUCACAGACCUCGUUGAUGAAAACUAUUUUUAUCUUUUUGAUCUCAAGUCGUUCUUCACAGCCAAGGCUCUCAAUGUCGCACUUCCUGGUGGCCCCAAAUUUGAACCCCUUGUUAAGGAUAAAAAUUUGGAGGAUGAAGAUUGGAACGAAUUCAACGACAUUAACAAAAUAAUUAUACGACUGAAUACAGGAUCGCAUUCCCUUACUUAUACAAUAGUUCAUUUAUCCUGGUACCAUAUCCCAAAUGUUCUUUUCAUUAAAACCGAAGACCCGGAUCUUCCAGCUUUCUACUUUGAUCCACUGAUUAAUCCUAUCUCUCACAGACAUAGUGUCAAAAUUGUUGAACCGUCCAUAGAUGAGGAAGAUUCCUUUGAACUUCCAGAACAUGUUUGCCCUCUACUCUCAGAAACUCCUUUGUAUACUGAUAAUACGGCAAAUGGGAUUGCCCUACUUUGGGCCCCAAGACCCUUCAAUAUGCGCUCAGGCUCUACUCGUCGGGCUCUUGAUGUUCCUCUAGUAAAGUCCUGGUACCGCGAGCAUUGUCCUGCCGGCAUGCCUGUAAAAGUUCGUGUUUCGUAUCAAAAGCUAUUAAAAUAUUAUGUUCUUAAUGCCCUUCACCAUCGUCGUCCAAAAGCCCAGAAGAAAAGAUAUCUUUUCCGUUCUUUCAAGUCUACCAAGUUUUUCCAAACUACUUCCUUAGAUUGGGUUGAAGUCGGGCUUCAGGUAUGCCGUCAGGGCUACAACAUGCUGAAUUUACUUAUCCAUCGCAAGAACCUCAAUUAUCUUCAUUUGGAUUAUAAUUUUAACUUGAAGCCUGUUAAAACAUUGACUACCAAAGAGCGCAAGAAGUCACGAUUCGGCAAUGCUUUCCAUCUAUGCAGGGAAAUCCUGCGUCUCACAAAACUCAUCGUAGACAGCCAUGUUCAGUAUAGGCUUGGUAACGUUGAUGCGUUUCAGUCUCUUAAUUACUUUACGUGA